UCAUGGAGGAAGAUUCUCGCAACAGUAACGUCUUUUUCCGACUUGACGGAAACAAGUUUAGGAGGGUAGCGUUGUUGGGUGCAAAAGGAGUCGGAAAAUCUUCUAUUGCUACUCGCUUUGCAGAAGACACCUUUUUGGAGUCCUAUCUUCCUACAAUAGAGGAUUCUUAUCACGCUACUUGUAAACACAGAAACGAGACUUACAACUUGGAGAUACUGGAUACGGGAGGACAGGACGAGUACUCGUAUUUAGGAACACAGCUUACUAUUGGCGUCGAUGGAUAUGCGUUUGUUUAUUCCAUCUGUGAUGGUGGUUCGUUUGACAUGGUUCCGGUUGCGCAUAGACUGCUUGCAGAGGCGUUAGGAACGAACAAUGUUCCCAAAAUAUUAGUUGGUAAUCUUUUGGAUUCUGCCGAUAAGAGAGAAGUUUCAGUAGAAGAAGGAAAGAGUUUAGCAGAGAAAUUGAAUUGUCCGUUUGUGGAGUGUUCAGCAAAGUCGGGUCAGAAUGUCUCAAAAGUUUUUACUUUAUUAUUAGCUGAAGUGGAGGGAAUGUACUUUCAACGGAGCUCUAUAGAAAUACCGACAAGCUCAAACUCUACACGAUGUAGUAUUAUUUGAAAAAUUUAGCAUUUAGUUUCUGUUUGAUGUAGUGUUAGUUUCAAUUGUGUUGUGUAGUUUGAAGAAAUUUCCAGCCAACUAAAGACAAGUGAUUUGUUUCUAAUGGUUGAGUUUCAAUU